GUCGUAUCAAAUCAUAAACUUACUGCUGAAUAAAGAAUUUCUGUAUUGCAUUCCACUAAUGGAGAUAACUAAUUUACUUGCUGCACUUUCUGUAUCGUUCGUCAUCGUUGCGGGAUACAAUGUCUCACCGGUUCCCAAUAUGAUUUUCAAAGAACCUGCGAAUAAAUGGAGCACCUCCAAACACCAAAAAUCAUUCUUCGGCCUAACAGUGCACCUCAAACAGAGCACCUUGUUCGUAGGAGCACCCAAGGCAGCAAUGUUCAGUCGGAGGUAUAAUGCGGUCGGUGAUUCAGGUGCCGUUUAUAACUGCAGUGUUCUAACAGGUCACUGUGUGCAGCAUACUUUGCUGACCGAUCAAAACUUUGUGAGUGAUGCGUUGAUGGCUGGCCAAUAUUUUGGCGCCUCGAUGGAUGGGCUACCAGAUAAGGAUUUGCUAGUGGCAUGCACACCGCGACUAACUGUGGGGAAAGAUCGCCAUGCUGUAACCGGGGCCUGUUACACUAGCUUCAAUGGAUCGGUCUACAAUCAACGACAGGCCUUAAAAUAUUACAAGUAUGGAUCUUUCGACUCGGCGAUGGAAGGGUUUGCAGUGCAUGUCUUCAGAGAUAAUAAAUAUGAGCUAAGAGGAGUACUUACCGGAAUGCCUGACUACGAUUCUGUUGGAUCGGUAUUCAUUUAUGGCGAAGAUUUGGAAAAAGGCAUUUUUUUGAACUCAUCAAUGUUGGAAGAAAAUGGCUAUUUUGGGUACAGUGUGAACACCAUUAUUAUUGGUAAGAAAUCGAUUUAUGUUGUUGGUGCGCCACGAUCAGGAAAGGUCUACGUGUUUGAAAUAAGUAAAGUUGUUAGGAAUUUGGCUCAAAUGUCUGUGCACAUGAUUCUUUCAUCUGGUAAAUUUGGAGACUACUUCGGAUAUUCGUUGUGCACCGAAGAUGUGAACAGGGAUGGGCUAGCGGAUGUGAUGGUCGGUGCUCCUUUUCAAUCAAGCGAUACUGUGAGUGAUACUGGAGCAGUUUAUGUAUAUCUUAACCGCGGGUUGGAUUCGAGUGGUUUGGUUAUACUUGAACAGCAGGUGAUCCUAGUAUCGGAAUACCGUGGAAGUGGACAGUUUGGAUACUCUAUUUCAGUUAUGGGAGAUUUGAAUCAUGAUGAAUAUAAUGACAUUGCUGUAGGUUCACCAUUCGAGGGAAAUGGUGCCGUCUACAUAUUUCACGGAAGUUCAACAGGUCUACUGCCCAAACCUUCCCAGGUCUUAAAGAGUCCAACAUCCACGACUGUUCAGUCCAUGUUUGGAGCAGCUAUUGCCAAAGCGGUCGAUAUCGAUGCAAACAAGUACAGUGACAUUGCUGUUGGAUCGCCAAAUGAUGAUGUGGUGCAUCUAUUUCGAACCUAUCCACUCAUUCGUCCGUUCUGCAGUGUGACUUUUUCAAAGGAGUACAUUUCAAUCGAGAAUGCAACAGUACUAUCGGAACACGAAAAUAGAAUUGAGGACGAAGUAUCCGUUGAAGUAUGUUAUUCAUAUAAAGAUGUUCAUGAACGCAAAGGCAACAAACACUAUGAUUUCAGAUUAACACUUCAACUAGACCCCCCAUUUAGGCGUUCUAAGAUAGGCAACGAGUCAUCCCACGAAAUUAUUGUUCAAAUAUCUCGUGAAAUAUCGUGCAUCAAUUUGGAAGCUUCGAUUCGGGCAUCGUUUCGACAUCUAGCAAAACCCAUUACAGCAAUACUGAAUUAUUCAAUUGUUCAUCAGAAUACUGCGAGCAAAGUCUUCUGCGAUGAAUGUGUGAUUCAGGAGCUGGUAUCUGAACAAAUAGCUAACAACACCGCGCUACUCAUUUUCAAGCCCGACUGCGAAGAGGAUGUGUGUCUUACCGAUCUAAAACUACGUGUUAAAUACUUAAACUUUCGAUCACCAUUCAUACUGAAUAGUACUCGGACUUUUGAACUACAAUACCAAGCUAGUAACGAGGGAGAAUCUUCUUAUGGGACACUGUUGGAGAUUAUUUUUUCAAGAAAUAUUAGCAUCGUGAAAGCGAUGGACUUUUGUGAAAUUGGUUCUGACUCUAUAAGUUGUCUGAUAAAUAACGGACAAGCACUACAACGAGGGAAGAUUGUAAUUGUUAACAUAACUUUGAGUGCAACUGACUUUGAUGGGAGCUCUUUGGAUUUCGAAGCCCGUUUAUUUGGUGAUGGUAACGAAACAUUUACCGAUGAUAAUUUUAUAAAAAGUUUUAUUGAGCUGGUGAGACACAGCACUGUUUCGAUUGCAGGGACAUACAAUCCAUCUUACCUCAACGGAAAUGCAGAACAGAAUGUUUCCAUAGAUUUGAAAUUUUUGCUCGAUAACUAUGGACCCAGCAAUAUACAAAAUGCCAACGUAACAAUAUCCAUACCCGUUUUGUUCAAGCAAAUACCACUGAUCGAUUUAAACUCUACCGAUCUGAAGAUAUCAUAUGCAGGUAACCGUAUUGAAGAGACAGUAGAGUUUACGGAUUUCAACAGAUUCAACAAGUCAAAUCACAUUAUUCAGCGCAACUCUAGCAUGCAGCAGCUGGUCCAUAAAAAAGGCACUAUCCUCAACUGCUCUGACGAAUUUAUUACAUGUACAAGCAUGAUGUUCUUACUGGAAGAGUUCCCAGCAUUAGAUGAGCCCGUACGGAUUGAACUAAAAAUGACGAUAUUCCCCCAUGCGAUGACUAACUUGAUGCCCGAAGACGUCGAGACCCUUUCCUUAUAUGUAGAUUUCGAUAUUGGUGUCCCAUCUGGCGCAGUGACUCUUAUCACCUCUGGAAGUCUGGUGCUGUUUCGCACUAUUCAAACCGAUCUACUAUGGGUGUACGUGACUUCGGCUGCAAUUGGUUUGGCGGUGCUGAUGAUGAUUACACGAGCCAUGUAUAAGCGCAACUUUUUCAAACGAAUGACGCUAUUGGAUAUGGAGCAGAAGCUAAAUAAAGCGAGUAAAUCAAUCCUAGAUGAAGGAAGUAUUAUGAUGGUAAACGAACCAUUUCCGAAUCAGACUGCAGAAAUGGCUGUCAUCGAAGGAACAACCAAAAGCACCACUUAAGUUUUUGUUCAAUUGCUGCGUAAACUUUAU